AUGAUUCGACGUAGUUUGGAUAGUAAGAAUAAACAAGGAUAUUGGAACAAGGAAGAAGAAGCUGAAUUACACUUAAAUACAUAUAAUAAUAUGUUAGGAAAUGGAGAGAAAUUAGUAAACAUAUUAAUUGAACACUUGACAAUAUAAGAAAUAAAUAUUAUUAAAUAGGAGAGCACAAUCACUUAUUUAGAAAUAAAUCAUAUUGGACAAUUGAUUUAUUUCUCAUUCUUGUUAAUCAUAUUCAUAUUUUAAGUGGCUAUCCGCUUUUACUUCCUAAUUACGAUUCAACACUCAAAUAAAAACUUGGAUCUGAUUAUGAAAAUAUUAAAUUUAGACUUAAUUAUAGAAAAAUGA